CUUUACCUUUCUUGCCCAAACGAGCUACUAAUCAAUACAUAGACCUACCGACACCAAUCUCACACUCCCACCUCUCCUCCUCCUCCAUUAGCUUCUCUUCCAGCUUUGUGGCCACUAAAUCUCAUCUGGGUCUCCACCCAUUUCGGAUUCUGACCCGACCCAACUGCCAUGGAGUCCAGCUCUGCUUCUGGAGCUGACCACAACAUCAGAGGGGUACCAACCCACGGUGGCCGGUACGUUCAGUACAAUGUGUAUGGGAAUCUCUUUGAGGUUUCCAGGAAGUAUGUGCCUCCUAUCAGGCCAGUUGGGAGAGGCGCCUAUGGUAUUGUUUGUGCUGCUGUGAACGCUGAGACUCAUGAGGAGGUUGCCAUUAAGAAGAUUGGUAAUGCAUUUGACAACAGAAUAGAUGCCAAAAGGACUUUACGCGAAAUUAAACUUCUUCGUCACAUGGAUCAUGAAAAUGUUAUUGCCAUCAAAGACAUCAUAAGGCCUCCACAGAAGGAGAACUUCAAUGAUGUCUACAUUGUUUAUGAAUUAAUGGACACUGACCUUCAUCAGAUAGUACGGUCCAACCAAUCUUUGACUGAUGACCAUUGCCGGUACUUUCUGUAUCAGUUGUUACGAGGGCUCAAAUAUGUACAUUCAGCAGGUGUUUUACAUCGUGAUUUGAAGCCCAGCAAUUUGCUCAUGAAUGCAAAUUGUGAUCUCAAAAUUGGUGAUUUUGGGCUUGCAAGGACAACAUCUGAAACUGAUUUCAUGACCGAGUAUGUUGUUACUCGUUGGUACCGCGCUCCGGAGUUGCUCCUUAAUUGUUCCGAGUACACUGCAGCAAUUGAUAUAUGGUCUGUAGGUUGCAUUCUUGGUGAAAUCAUGACCAGACGGCCCUUAUUCCCUGGCAAAGAUUAUGUGCAUCAGCUGAGACUCAUUACAGAGCUAAUAGGUUCACCUGAUGACUCAAGCCUCGGAUUUUUACGAAGUGAUAAUGCCCGAAGAUAUGUCCGACAACUACCUCAGUACGCAAAGAAGGACUUCUCUGUUGGAUUUCCUAAUAUGUCUGCUGGUGCUAUUGAUUUGCUAGAGAAGAUGCUUGUCUUUGACCCAAACAGGCGCAUUACAGUUGAUCAGGCUCUUUGCCACCCAUACUUGGCACCUCUUCAUGAUAUUAAUGAGGAGCCUGUCUGCGCAAGUCCUUUCAGUUUUGACUUCGAGCAACCAUCAUUUACAGAAGAGAACAUCAAGGAGCUCAUCUGGAGAGAGUCGGUCAAGUUCAAUCCAGAUCCAAUUCAGUGAAGAUUAUGCACUAGUAUGUUGUACUCUCUUCGUGACCCAAAAACUAUUAUAAUAAUGCUACGUACAACCCCCCUUCAUCCUCCUGGAGAAACAAAUUAUAAAACUUUGUUGGAGAUAUCGGCAUUUAUUGAAAAAUUGUGCGUCAUUAAUACGACUUGUUCAUAUCCUUGGGAUGUCUGUAAG